AGGCACUGUUGGAUAAUCACUUAAUUACAAAUGCUAGUAACUCAGAAAGCAAGGUCUUCUACCUAAAAAUGAAGGGAGAUUAUUAUCGGUACCUUGCUGAAGUUGCUUCCGGAGAUCAACGGGAUGGAACAAUAAAGUCCUCCCAAAAUGCUUACCAGAGCGCCUUUGAAAUCAGUAAAGUUGGUCUGCCAUCAACACAUCCAAUUCGUUUGGGUCUUGCACUUAAUUUCUCCGUGUUCUUCUAUGAAAUUCUCAACUCUCCAGAUUGUGCCUGUGAUCUGGCAAAAACCGCAUUUGAUCUGGCUAUUCAAGAUCUGGAUAUUCUACAAGAUGACAGCUAUAAAGACAGCACCCUCAUUAUGCAGUUGCUCAGAGAUAACCUUACAUUAUGGACAAACGAGAAUUCAGGAUCAGCUGAUCCUGAACCCUCUGCAGCUGAGCCUGGAGAAAACAACUAAAUGCUCGUAGGGUCUAAUCCCCAAAAUAUUUUUACACCUCUCCAUUCCUUCUACUCAAUUCCUAUAACAAAAACUCAUCAGUACUGUAUGAAUAGCUAUGUAUGGAAAAUUCCCAAUUUAGUCUUGUACACCAUUGCUUUAAAAAAAAGUCCAUCCCUUGGUUUGUGUUGAUGGUUGUCUGCCUUCCCGGUGUGCAGUUACUGCUGUAUAAGCGUAUAUAGUUAACUUUAUAACAUAAGUAACCUCCAUGUAGAGGAAAAUGUUUAAUAUUAUAAAGAAGAAAUACUUGCAGUGUUUGUAUUAUGAACAUAGUUGGUAGAAAUUUGCUGCACUAGACAGUAUUUGGGUUGUAUUGUAUUUUUUACUUGCUCCCACACUUCACCUUUCCAUAUUUUAAGUUAUCCUGCUGAUAUUGGCGAGUGUGCAUCUACUCUUCCCUCAGUCCCCUUGACGUUCAAAUACUAUUUGCAGCAACUGGCAUAAAUCAAAGUAACUGUUAUGCACGCACCCCUCUAUUCUGCAGGAGAACUUGCCUUAUGUUCUGCAAUAAAAUGACAAGCUAUUUUGUAAAAUUGAGGUUGAAGGCAUGUAAAAAUGUACAAUCAAGUUGAAGAAAGUACCUUGGAUUUUUUUGGAAUUCUGUGAAUCUUUUUUAAAAAAAAAAAAAAAAACACCUGUCCACAUCAUAUGGUGUUCACUUGUGUACUGUUACAGCAUGUUUCUGCUAAAGUUUGAGGUUGUGCUUGUGAAGCGUCACCAGCAUGACUCUUUGAUACACUGGAAUGGGAAACAAACUUUCCUCAGAUUGUGUGCCCACGAUAUUUUUUUUUUUAAAAGCAUAGUAUUUCUUUGCAGAUUUGUGCACAUGUAAGGGGUGUUCAGUGAGAUUUGGACCCUAAUUACUAGUCAUUUAUCAUCCCCAAAAGCCUUGUGGAAAUUUAAUGCCCUAUGUAACACAAAAUAAAUGAUGUUUUGUAAACCA